UUGUCUUGUUUAUUAAAUGUGAAAACGUAAACAAAAACAACGGGUAUCAAUUAGUGUUUUAAUUAAAAUGCACAACAUUAUUGCAAAAUCUUUAAAUAAACAUAAAGUAGGUUAAAAUAUUAUUAACUAAAUAGUUUUUCUAACACAACGUCAUAAAAAAGUGCCACGAUUAUUAUUAAAAAAAAAAUGCAGCUAAAACGUAGAAUUUGUAAAACCUUUACUUUGGAAACCUAUUUAGUAUUAUUUGGUUUGGUGUCGCUCUUAAUUUAUCUGUACCUGCUAAGGAGUGACAUUGAAAAGGGCGGCUGGUCUAGCAAAGAGCUGGGCAGUCCUAAUCCUCUUUUGCUAUAUGAAAACAGAGUACAAACAAAAUGUUUGAGUGAAAAGUUGGAAGCUGCCACAGAUUCUCUGGCAGGCUUGAUGGCGGCCGAUGAGGCCAUUAAUGGUUUGGGUGUAGUGAGGAAUAAACAGGACAAGUAUGUGCGUGAUAUAGGCUAUAAACAUCAUGCUUUUAAUGCCUUAGUUUCUAACAAUAUUGGCUUGAUGCGCUCCAUACCCGAUACCCGCCACAAAGUGUGUCCCCGUACGCCCACCCUAGAAACCGAAACACUGCCCACAGCAUCCAUUAUUAUGUGUUUCUAUAAUGAACACAAAAUGACUUUAUUUCGUUCCAUAAAUACCAUUAUACAACGUACUCCCUCUUGGCUCUUAAAGGAAAUCAUAUUGGUAGAUGAUUUCAGUGAUUUACCUGAAUUAGAAUUCCAUUUACAGGGUGAACUUCACUCCCAAUUACACUAUGAUAAUCUAAAAUAUAUAAGAAAUACACAGCGUGAAGGUUUAAUAAGAUCACGUGUAAUUGGAGCCCGCGAAGCCAAAGGAGAUGUUUUGAUUUUCUUAGAUUCCCACAUAGAGGUGAAUCAACAAUGGGCGGAACCUUUGUUGCGUUUAAUUAAGGCCGAGAAUUCUACUUUGGCUGUACCUGUGAUAGAUUUAAUUAAUGCCGAUACAUUCCAGUACUCAUCGAGUCCCUUGGUGAGGGGAGGUUUCAAUUGGGGUCUUCACUAUAAGUGGGAGAAUUUACCGGAGGGUACUUUAAAGCAGGAGGAGGACUUUAAAGGUCCCUUCAUAUCCCCCACCAUGGCUGGAGGCCUUUUCGCCGUCAAUCGCCAGUAUUUCGACUACAUAGGCAGCUAUGACAUGGGCAUGGACAUAUGGGGAGGUGAAAAUCUCGAAAUCUCUUUUCGUACCUGGCAAUGUGGUGGCGCCAUUAAAAUUGUACCCUGUUCUCGUGUUGGCCAUAUCUUUCGUAAAAGAAGACCUUACAGUUCCCCCGAUGGCAGUGAUACUAUGCUCAAAAACUCCCUACGUUUGGCCCAUGUUUGGAUGGACGAUUAUAAAGAACAUUAUCUUAAACUCGAAAAGGUUACACCACAUUUUGACUAUGGCGAUAUAAGCGAACGCCUGCAGUUGAGAGAAAAACUAAAAUGUAAAUCUUUUGAAUGGUAUUUGAAAAAUGUUUACCCCGAGCUGAGACUGCCCGGAGAGGAGAAUACGAAAAAAGAAAAGCCACCCGUCUUCCAGCCCUGGCAUUCAAGAAAACGUAAUUAUAUCUCAACCUAUAUGCUAAGAUUAUCGGGCACUAAACUAUGUGCCUCGGUAGUGGCACCCAAAGUAAAGGGUUUCUGGAAAAAAGGCAGCUCUUUGGUAUUGCAAAAAUGUGAUGAACAAAAAUCACAAAUAUGGUAUGAAACCGAUAAAUCGGAAAUCAUCUUAGAUCGUCUUUUAUGUCUAGAAGCCUCUGGCGAUACUCAGGUUAUCAUUAACAAAUGCCACGAAAUGUUGGGAGAUCAGCAAUGGCGCCAUACUAAAGCCGAACGUAGUCCUAUUUAUAACAUGGCUACGGGUACUUGUUUGAGAGCCGAUAAAGCAGAGUUGGGAGCUACGCUACGCAUGGAUUUAUGUGCAAAACAUGAAGCUAGUGCUUGGGAUAUUGUGGGUGUGGUGAACUCGUAAUAGAAACAGUUAAAAACUGUUUUGACAAUUUUUUAAAUGAUAUUUUUGCAAAAAAAAAGACUAUUUAUAAUACAAAUUUUUUAUUGCUUUUUAUAAUUUACGUCCAUUUUUUUUUUUUUUUUUUUUUUU